GAUCACCAACAACUCAUCGACUAUCUGUAAGAGGAACCCUCUCGACUCGACAAAUCACCGGAAUAGUCCAUAUCGCGGUCGCCAUGCCGGAACACUUGCCAUACGCUGCCGAUGCGGAGAGCCCUCUCAAACCUGCCGAGCUACAGGUCCUCCGCUCGCAAUACGAAAAGGAAGGCGAAUACGUCUCCCUGCAGACGAAAUUCAACUAUGCCUGGGGCCUCAUAAAGUCAUCUGCGCGCCCGGAACAACAGGAGGGUGUACGUCUUCUAUCAGAGAUAUUCAGAGCUUCACCCGAUCGAAGACGAGAAUGCCUCUACUACCUCGCUUUGGGGAACUAUAAGCUUGGGAAUUAUGCCGAGGCGAAGCGGUACAACGAUUCGCUCAUGGAGAUUGAGCCAGGGAACCUGCAGAGCCAGAGUCUGAGCCAGCUGAUUGAGGAUAAAGUCAAUAAGGAGGGACUGGUGGGGGUUGCGAUUGUGGGUGGACUGGCUGUUGCGGCAGGAGUGGUUGGAGGACUGCUCUUCCGCGGCGCGCAAAGAAAGAGAUGAUAAGCUGCGGCAGGCGGUCGCAAGACAAAGUCGGAACUUUGUGUAUGGCCCAGAAAUUGUGGUGGGCGUUGAAGCGUUUGGCGUUGGGUAAGAUCAGAUAUCUCUACUGAUGAGUGUGUACACAAAAGCAGGCACUGCACCUCUC